GAGAACGCGAGUCAAUUCGGCCCCGCUAUUUAAACACCGUCAUCGGUGGUGGUGGAUAACCAUCUACCCAUCCCUUCUGGCGCUCCCCCAUCUCGCGAUGGCCGCCUCCGCUGCUGCCCUCCUCCUCGCCGUCCUCUCCCUCCUCUCCGCCGCCGCCACCGCGAGGCCCGGCGCCCACUUCCACCCCUGCAACACCCUCCUUAUAUCCUACACCAUCUCCUCCUCCUCCUCCUCCUCCUCCGGAGGCUCCCUUGUCGGCGAGCCGGCCAAGACCCACCCCACCGGCUUCUUUGCCGUCUACCGCAUAGUCACCCCCUUCCCUCCCCUCUUUGCCGCCUCCUCCUUCGGCGAUCUCUACAUCCGCCCUGCCCAGAUCCGCCGCCCCGACCUCCCCCGCCGGGCUGCCGCCCUCCCCACCGAGCCCAUCGCCACCGCCUUCGGUUUCAGCUCUCUCCAGGAGCGCGCCAAGGACAUCCUCGUGGUCGUCGUCGGCCUUCUCUUCGGGGUCGGGUGCGGCGCCCUCACCGCCGCCACUAUGUACCUCAUCUGGUCCCUCGUCACCAACCGCUACGAGAUCUGCGGCGCCGAUGGGUACUCCGAGGAUGAGGAGGAGGUCGACGAGAGCCCCAAGAAGUCCGGGUAUGUCAAGAUCCCCGCUACCGAGCCGGCCCCGGCUAAAGAAGGGCUUGAGGGAAAUUAAGAUUAGGGGCUUCCAUGAAUAGUGGCGGGGGUGCUUACAUAUAUAUAUAUAUAUAUAUAUGAUACAUAAAUUUGCAUAGUCUCGUGGUUUGUGUUAAUUUGUGUGAUGUCAAGUGGCUCUCCUCUUUGAGGUUUGACUUGAAAUGUUGCAUUCUUAAUACUUAUGUCUGGAAUUUAGUGUUUAAUUCGCUGUGAUUGUGAUUUGCAGGACUCUUCUAUUCCUUGGAAAUUGAUAGGUUUAAGUUGGU